CCUCCAUUUGGAGCGGGCGUUGCCUGUGGUGGAAAGUUUAAAAGCGAGUGUGUGUCCUGCUGUCCCUCGGCAGAAGCAUCAAUCAACAUGAUCCCCAUUGUGCUGGCCUCAGUGCUCAUUGCUAGCGCCCUUGGGUGCGGCACCCCACCCAUUGAGCCGAUGAAUUCCCGUGUGGUCAAUGGAGUCGAUGCCAAGCCCCACAGCUGGCCCUGGCAGAUCUCGCUGCAGUAUGAGAGGGACGGUGAAUGGAGGCACACUUGUGGGGGAUCUCUGAUUGCUGCCAACUGGGUCAUGACUGCUGCCCACUGCAUCAACACCAAGCUCUCCUACAGGGUGUUUGUGGGCAAACACAACCUGGUCGAGGAGGAGCCUGGCUCCAAGGCCAUCCUGCCCGAGAAGAUGAUUGUCCAUGAGAAAUGGAACUCCAUCUUCGUGGCCUUCGGAAACGACAUUGCUCUGAUCAAGCUGUCAGAGCCUGUGACUUUGAGUAACCAGGUGCAGCUGGCAUGCAUCCCUGCUGCUGGCGCUCUUCUCUCCAACCUGUACCCCUGCUACAUCACCGGAUGGGGCAGGCUGUACACUGGAGGCCCCAUCGCUGAUAAGCUGCAGCAGGCUCUGAUGCCUGUGGCUGAUCAUGCCACCUGCUCCAAGCCUGACUGGUGGGGUAUUGCUGUCAGGACCAGCAUGGUGUGUGCCGGCGGGGAUGGAAUCGUGGGUGGAUGCAACGGAGACUCUGGCGGCCCCCUUAACUGCAAGAACAGCCAGGGAGCCUGGGAGGUCCACGGCAUUGCCAGCUUCGUCUCCGGCCUUGGCUGCAACUACGUGAAGAAACCCACUGUCUUCACCCGCGUCUCUGCCUUCAACGACUGGAUCGACAAGGUUAUGAUGAACAACUAAAGAAGAUUAAGUUUCAAUAAAAAAUAAGACCCAGAAAA